AUGGUUUACGCCAAAUUGCCUACUGCAUCUUCGAUACGUGGUUUUUCAGAAAGAGGCCUAAAGUUCCCUCAAACUACAGCAUUCGGAUACGAAAACCAUUGCAGGAAAUUGUGGGUUGAACGAAUGCUGCAGAUUGAGGCAAAGGAAAGAGGCACGUUCUUGACAGUGAUCUCCACCACAAUAUCAGCAGCAACUUUCCUGGCAUCGACCUCCUUGGUCCUGAGCUCUCUUAUUGGAGCAUGGAUCGGAAGCUCCUCAGAUAGUGUUUUCACAGCUGAUUUCAUCUAUGGGGACACGAGUCCUUCCAUGAUUUCCAUCAAGUACACAAGCCUCCUCAGUUGCUUUCUAGUGGCUUUCGUGUGCUUUCUACAAUGUGUGAGGAGUUCAGUCCACGUCAUUUUCCUCAUGAGCAUGCCAAACAGUGAUGUUCCAGUGGCCUAUGUUCAGAAGGCAGUCACAAGAGCAAGUAUUUUCUGGUCAGUUGGUUCACGGGCGAUCUACUUCGCAACCAAUCUGCUGCUAUGGAUUUUCGGUCCGAUACCGAUGUUCAUAUGCUCGGUUACUACAGUGGUGAUUUUGCACAAUCUUGAUACGAAUUCGACCCCUUUGCAUCAAUUUCAGCCUAAAAAGAAUCUUAACCUCCUCGGCAAGAUGGGCGAUGAUGUAUCUGCUGUCACGAGAGUAGCUGAAGAACAUGAGUAUGUACAAGAUGCAAAAGGCACUGGUUCUGCCUCGACCAGUUAA